AUGGCGCUGCUCUUGCCACCUCCCGCCCUCUCCACGACCCCUCCCUUUCUCUCCGCUCUCCGACCAGCACGGCUACCCUGCGUCAGAUGCACCAGAACUACCACCGCCACCGCAAGCGUCUCCUCCUCUCCUCCCGCAUCGGCGUCUUCUCCCUCGACCUCCUCACCGGUGGCGUCGGACGGCGCAGGUGGAAGGAAGAGUAAGAAGAAGAGAAGACCCCUCAAGCCGAGUUUUGAGGAACAGGCCCUCCGCCGCUGGUCCGCCAGGGCACCCUCCCAGCGUGCCUCAGUCCCCUGGGAACAGCCUCAGCAGCAGUCGCCUUUGCCGCCUUCGCUGCCGCACCGGGCUGACCGAGAAAGUGGUGAUGCGGGCGGCCAGAAACGCAGUGGUGGAGGUUCAAGCGCAACGUUGCGCUCCAUCGUGGACUACUUUACCGGCGGCUCCUCCGAAGAUGACGGAGUACGAGAAGAGGAAGGGGCCGGCAACACCACCGCGAUCCAGGGCGAAGCGGUGCGGGAGCAGGACGAUGGAUCGCAUUUUCGGCCGAGCUAUCUGCUGGGGGGCCAGCCAGUCUCUGCGCCGUGGAUUCACGGGGAAGAAUCGACCAGUGACAAGUGGGUUUCCGGUCCGGUGGCCGAAGGGGAGGAAGGGGUGGACAUGAGUGAUGUUUCUGAUGAUGAGCUGGGCUUGGCGGAUAGGGAUAUGGAAGAGAUGGACAAUGGUGAGGAGCUUCUUACUGGGAGUUCAGAAGAGGAAUUGCAUGAUGAUUAUGCCACACCGACUGUGAAUUCUUCAUAUGGGGUGGAUUUGUCAGUAGACAGAGAUUCAUACGGUGGCAGGUUCGAUAGGAGUAUGAUGCAGGGCAGCAUAAACACCAUAGUUAAAACGUUGAGGGAUUCGAUGGAGGAAAGUGAUCCGAAUGCUGCAAUUGAGCUGUCUAAUGCUGAAGAUUUUGUCGAGAAAUUGGGCCCUGUACUCCUGCCAUGGGAAAGGGAGGAGGAAGAUGAUGAGGCAUUCAGUGGUGGCAGGGCGGGGAGGCGCAGCAAUACAGAGCUGGCCGAGAGGACUAUUCCAGAACCUGAACUGCGGAGGCUUAGGGACACAGCGUUGAGGAUGAAGGAGAGGAUAAAGGUUGGACCAGGAGGGGUUACUCAAGACGUUGUGGAGAGCAUCCACAGGAAAUGGAAGGUGGAUGAGGUGGUCAAGAUGAGGUUUGAAGGCCCUCCAAGCCUGAACAUGAAGAGAACUCAUGAUAUACUAGAGGAUAGGACUGGGGGAGUUGUUAUAUGGAGGUCAGGGAGAUCAGUUGUGUUGUAUAGGGGAAUGAAUUACAAUCUUCAAUGUGUGCAGUCAUAUGCUAAAUUUGUAGAAAGUGAUUCUGGUAAGGAAGUUGGUGAUGCUAAUAGUGCUGUAUCGAGCCGUGGUGGUCACAACUUGCAGGACUCAAGAGCACAUGGUGCGAAGCCCUUAAUGUCGACUGACAAUUUUUCUCUAGAAUCCUCAGAAACAUCUGAUAUUGAUAACUUCUUGGAUCAGUUGGGACCACAGUACAAGGAUUGGUCUGGUCGCGGCCCUAUCCCUGUUGAUGCCGACUUGCUUCCUGGUGUAGUACAUGGCUACAAACCUCCAUUUAGAGUACUUCCCUACAAGAUUAAGAGCACUCUUAGAAAUAAGGAAAUGACAGCUCUGCGUAGACUUGCAAGGCAAACUGCUCCUCAUUUCGCUCUAGGGAGAAACAGAGAACACCAAGGCUUAGCUGCUGCUAUGGUUAAAUUAUGGGAGAAAAGUGCUAUUGCAAAGAUUGCCAUCAAGAGAGGGGUUCCAAACACAUGCAAUGAUAGAAUGGCGGAAGAAAUCAAGAAAUUGACAGGAGGAGUGCUCUUGUCAAGGAACGAGGAGUACAUUGUCUUCUACAGGGGCAAUGAUUUCAUAGCACCUAAAUUAAGGCAGGUCUUGGUGGAGAAGCAAGAACAAGCCAUUACUCAACAGGAUGAGGAAGAGCUGGCUCGGCUUAAAGCAUCGGCCUCUAUUAUAACUAUCCCCAAGGAUAUAAAAGGUCCUCUAGUUGCUGGUACUCUGGCAGAAACUACAGAAGCAAAAUCUCGAUGGGGAAAGUCACUUGAUGACAAGCAGAGGGAAGAGGAGAUGAAGUGUUUGUCUUUGUUGAAGCAUACCUCUCUUUUGAAGAACUUGAAGAGAAAACUGAUUUUAGCAAAAACAAAAGUUGCAAAAGCAGAGAGGGCUCUGGGGAAAGUUCAGGAAUUUCUUUCUCCAGCAGAGCUUCCAACUGAUUUGGAAACAGUUACAGAUGAGGAACGCUUCUUAUUUCGCAGAAUUGGCCUGAAAAUGAGGGCCUUUUUGAUGCUUGGCAGACGAGAAGUUUUUGAUGGAGCUGUACAAAACAUGCAUUUGCAUUGGAAGCACCGAGAGUUGGUUAAAAUUAUUGUCAGGGGAAAGAGCUUCGCACAAGUGAAACAUAUUGCAAUCUCUCUAGAAGCUGAGAGUGAAGGUGUUCUCAUUUCACUUGACAAGACAACUAAAGGAUACGCAAUCAUUUUCUACCGGGGUAAAAACUACAGGCGACCCCAAAUCAUGAAGCCUAGGAAUCUAUUAACAAGGAGGCAAGCACUGGCACGCUCUAUAGAGCUGCAAAGGCGGGAGGCCUUAAAGCAUCACAUCUCAAGUCUGCAAAGCAAGAUCUGGAAGUUGCAAUCACAACUUGUACAAACAAAGGAUGCUAGUGAAAAACAGGAUCUGAAGCUGCUUCAAACAGUUGAGGAUGACCUGUCAUCAGAUGAUGAUGAUGAUGUAGAGGAUGAUGGGGAGGAAGCUUAUUUGCAAACUUACAGCAGCGCUGAUGAAGAGGAUGCUGAGGAUGACACUAAUGAGUAUAUUUGA